AUGAAGGCAACAGGCGCCUUAGUGCUUCUCAGCCUGCUGCUGCUGUCUUUCCUCUCGGAUGUAGAAGGUCAAGACAUUGAAGAGAUUUGUAGAGAGUUUGUAAACAGAAGCGUGUACUGCACAAGGGAGUCCAACCCUCACUGCGGCACGGAUGGCAUCACGUACGGAAACAAGUGCGCCUUCUGCAAGGCAGUGCUGAGAAGUGGAGGGAAAAUAAGAUUGAAGCACGUGGGGAAAUGCUGA